CUCGGCCUCCCAAAGUGCUGGGAUUACAGGCUUGAACCACCGUGCCCGGCCCCGAUCUUUCUGUUUUUAAGUCCCGCUGCUUCCGUCACAUUUACACUGGCACACACGGACACUUCCAUCUGUCCCCAUUCGUCAUCACUGUGAGAUGAAGCUGAGAGUUCGAUUCACUAAGUUUUAUAUAGCCAGUACCAUGUGAAACACAUGAUUUGAUUUAAGUGUGUGGUAUGACUGCAAUGGGAAGCAGCCGAACACACAGCAGCAAUACUGCAACAUCACCAUGACAACCAGUGGAAAUAAUGGCCCCCUUUGGGAAUAAAAGAGAUCUCAAAUCCUGUUGCAGAGUCAGUAGCACUGGCUGUCUGCAGUAGAGAUGGUUUUCAAUGAUUGUUUCAGAAAUUCCUUAUCAACAGAAAAUGAAUGAGAAGGGGAGUUUUCAGAAGAUAAAUGGAUUUGCAAACAACUAAUGCGAUCAUCAAAAUCACCAAGGAAAGCAAAGCAGCGAUUGGGGAAUCUGAGGCUGAAGUAGCAAGGGCAUUCCCCCCAGGCUGCUAUUCCAGUUGCUGUGAAAGCAUGGUCACUGUCUUUGCCACGCAGAACGCAUCUCUGGGAACGCUGUCGAUCUGUGCCUCCAUCUUUUAAAGCUUUCCAUUUCUGUCUGGAUUUUGUCUUUAUGGGAGGCAAGAAUAAUAGUGAAUUGAAUGAAAUGGAAUAUAUAAAUGUCUAGCACAGUCCUUGGCACAUAGAAAGUGCUCUACAAGCAGUAAUUCACAUCAAAUUCUGGGGACAAAUGAAAGUGAGUGCCUGGCACUGCACAUAGGAAGUGUAAUCGUCUUUUAAAGGAAAAGACGUGGCAGCAGACCAUCCUCCCGACAUGAUGUGCUGCGUUGACGUGUUUACGUCCCUGUUCCUUCUGAAAGACUCAAAAUUGUGUUGGAGCUACGGGUGCGCGUUUGUAAGACCUGCACGAGUGACCACGCCACUGGGAAGGGCACUUCUUUAUGAAGUCGCCAUAUUCCCAGGGAGACUGGUCAACCCAUAGAAUGUGAAAUGAAGCUAUGUGAAAAAAAAUUCCCCUUUGUCACAGAGAAGGAGAACUUGGUGAGACUGGGCAGCUGCAGGAGCCUCAGUUUUUCAGAUAACAGAACAGAGUAAAACCUGAGGGUACAUUUCCCUUUUUGUUUUAGGAAGUGCUGUAGAAGGGGGCAAAGAGAUCUCUGAUAUGAGAAGGUAUUUCUUCAAAGCAGCAUCGUGCCUGAAAUAGCAUUGUUCUUUACGCUGAGAGAAGGAGAAAUGGGAAUUUGCUGUUCAACGGGUUUAAAGUUUCAGUUACCAGAGAUGAACAAGUCUGAGAGCUCUGCUGUGCCACACCAUGCCUCUAGUCACUGAGACUGCGUUGUACACUUUUUUGUUAAAAGGCUAAAUCUCAUGUCAAAUGUUGUUACAACAAUUAAAAAAAACAAAACAAAACAAAACAAAAAAACCUUGACCGUAUUUGUGGAAAGGCACUAACCCUACAUGUGCUCAAGAGCUCUUUUGUGUUUUCUUCACUCCAUGCUGUAGUUCAAUUUAGUUUUGCUUUGCAAGGAUCCUCGGAAAGUGUGUCAUCAGCAAUGACUUUUAUUUUAAAACUACAUGUGAACCAUGGGAGGAAAUCAUGAUCGACGCUGCUCAUUGUCCUUUCUUCCUCCCUGUGGGCUGUGCAUCCAACUCAUCCUGGGAGCAGGGUGCUCUCGCCGUCUGUUCCUCUCUGAGCUCAGUGCACAGAAGCAUUCUGCUUACCCAGCUGGGACUGCCGGCUGCACCAUGGAGCACGCGGGUUGCCCGGCUCUCAGCAGCCACGCUGGAUUGUAUGCCACCUUUCUUACUGACUGAUUAUGAACUUAAAAAAAAAUCACUCUGCUGCAGUGAAUUAUACAUUUAUUUUUGAGCAUUUAUUUCAACUCAAGAUGAGUGGUCUCUCCUGUAAAUUUCUCCCUGCUGGAUCUUUGCUCUGGUUUCUGAUGGCAUAGUGUGAGUGCCGGCAGCCGCGAGCUUCAGAAGGAAAAUUACAAAGGGAAUACCCAGUAAAUAAUGUAUUGCUUUUCGCAUCAGUAGCCUGCUUGGGAAUGUUCAGAUUAUCAGCCCAGGAGACUCCAGUGCUGUGGACAUGGGUCUGACCGAGUUGGUCACCUAGGGGCUACUGAGGACGCGGGGCUCUGUCCACCAUGGAGCCCUUGUGUCCACUCCUGCUGGUGGGUUUUAGCUUGCCGCUCGCCAGGGCUCUCCGGGGCAACGAGACUACUGUCGACAGCAACGAGACCACCACGACCUCAGGCCCUCCGGACCCAGGCGCCUCCCAGCCACUGCUGGCCUGGCUGCUACUGCCGCUGCUGCUGCUCCUCCUCGUGCUCCUUCUCGCCGCCUACUUCUUCAGGUUCAGGAAGCAGAGGAAAGCAGUGGUCAGCGCCAGCGACAAGAAGAUGCCCAACGGAAUCUUGGAGGAGCAAGAGCAGCAAAGGGUGAUGCUGCUCAGCAGGUCGCCCUCAGGGCCCAAGAAGUACUUUCCCAUCCCUGUGGAGCACCUGGAGGAGGAGAUCCGUAUCAGAUCCGCCGACGACUGCAAGCAGUUUCGGGAGGAGUUCAACUCAUUGCCAUCUGGACACAUACAAGGAACUUUUGAACUGGCAAAUAAAGAAGAAAACAGAGAAAAAAACAGAUAUCCCAACAUCCUUCCCAAUGACCAUUCUAGGGUGAUUCUGAGCCAAGUGGAUGGAACUCCCUGUUCGGACUACAUCAAUGCUUCCUACAUAGAUGGUUACAAAGAGAAGAAUAAAUUCAUAGCAGCUCAAGGCCCCAAACAGGAAACGGUUAACGACUUCUGGAGAAUGGUCUGGGAGCAAAAGUCUGCGACCAUCGUCAUGUUAACGAACUUGAAAGAAAGGAAAGAGGAAAAGUGCCAUCAGUACUGGCCCGACCAAGGCUGCUGGACCUAUGGAAACAUCCGGGUGUGCGUGGAGGACUGCGUGGUUUUGGUCGACUACACCAUCCGGAAGUUCUGCAUACAGCCACAGCUCCCCGACGGCUGCAAAGCUCCCAGGCUGGUCUCACAGCUGCAUUUCACCAGCUGGCCCGACUUCGGAGUGCCUUUUACCCCCAUUGGGAUGCUGAAGUUCCUCAAGAAAGUAAAGACGCUCAACCCCGUGCACGCUGGACCCAUCGUGGUCCACUGUAGCGCGGGCGUGGGCCGGACGGGCACCUUCAUUGUGAUCGAUGCCAUGAUGGCCAUGAUGCACGCGGAGCAGAAGGUGGAUGUGUUUGAAUUUGUGUCUCGAAUCCGUAAUCAGCGCCCUCAGAUGGUUCAAACGGACAUGCAGUACACGUUCAUCUACCAAGCCUUACUCGAGUACUACCUCUAUGGGGACACAGAGCUGGACGUGUCCUCCCUGGAGAAGCACCUGCAGACCGUGCAUGGCACCACCACCCACUUCGACAAGAUCGGGCUGGAGGAGGAGUUCAGGAAAUUGACAAAUGUCAGGAUCAUGAAGGAGAACAUGAGGACGGGCAACUUGCCGGCAAACAUGAAGAAGGCCAGGGUCAUCCAGAUCAUCCCGUAUGACUUCAACCGAGUGAUCCUUUCCAUGAAAAGGGGUCAAGAAUACACAGACUACAUCAAUGCAUCCUUCAUAGAUGGCUACCGACAGAAGGACUAUUUCAUCGCCACCCAGGGGCCACUGGCACACACGGUCGAGGACUUCUGGAGGAUGAUCUGGGAAUGGAAAUCCCACACUAUCGUGAUGCUGACGGAGGUGCAGGAGAGAGAGCAGGAUAAAUGCUACCAGUAUUGGCCAACCGAGGGCUCAGUUACUCAUGGAGAAAUAACGAUAGAGAUAAAGAAUGAUACCCUUUCAGAAGCCAUCAGUAUACGAGACUUCCUGGUCACUUUCAAUCAGCCCCAGGCCCGCCAGGAGGAGCAGGUCCGAGUAGUGCGCCAGUUUCACUUCCACGGCUGGCCUGAGAUCGGGAUUCCUGCCGAGGGCAAAGGCAUGAUCGACCUCAUCGCAGCCGUGCAGAAGCAGCAGCAGCAGACGGGCAACCACCCCAUCACCGUGCACUGCAGUGCCGGAGCUGGGCGAACAGGUACAUUCAUAGCUCUCAGCAACAUUUUGGAGCGAGUAAAAGCCGAGGGACUUUUAGAUGUAUUUCAAGCUGUGAAGAGUUUACGACUUCAGAGACCACAUAUGGUGCAAACCCUGGAACAGUAUGAAUUCUGCUACAAAGUGGUACAAGAUUUUAUUGAUAUAUUUUCUGAUUAUGCUAAUUUCAAAUGAAGAUUCCUGCCUUAAAAUAUUUUUUAAUUUAAUGGUCAGUAUAUUUUGUAAAAAUCAUGUUAAUUUAUUUCAUAGUUGACAUUAAUAUCUUCCCUAAUUUCUUUGUAUAUAUUUUGUUAUGCCUUAAAGGCCACCUGCUAUAAAGUUGUUAAAUCUUAAAUAUGCUUUUUAAAAAUUGGAAUAAUGUAUUAAGGUCAAAUAAUAUCUCAUAAAAUAUAUAUUUCUGCUAAUAUUAGUAAAUAUAUUAAUUUUUCAUUAGAUUCAUAUGCUUUAAUUUCACACAUUCAACACCUUUAAAUGUUGUAAUCUUAAUAUGCGAAGUGUGCCCCUGCAAGAUACUAAACACAAAGCUCAUAUUAAGAAAACAGUUGAGGACUCAGAAGUCAGUUAAAAAUGCACUUUCCUAACACUGAUUUCACAACCCCAAACAGCAGCAUUUUUGGAAGGCAACCUGUUCGUGAUGAUACAAUGUAAAUGGGGACUUCUGUAAAGUUCUCAGUUCCGGCCCAUGUGGUUUAUCUUUACAUUUUAAAGAUGAAAAAAUCUUUACAACCUGAAUCCAGGUCUAAAACACACUAGAGUAGCUGGCGAAUAUAAGUAAUAUUUAAAAAUGCUGUGUCUACACCAUCAAGACUGUGUCUACACCAUCUUGGCUGGAUGAGAAGAGAUGUAAAUGCCAGGUGGUCCCGUGGACCUGUGGCCUUGAGUACAACAAAACCAGCCAUCGGAGUUGCACCCCGAAGCACCACCUGCUGUCCGGCUGCCUGUCUGGCCCAGACAACCCUCAGAAAAUCAGACCAGCUGCCUCUCCCAUUCUCCCCUCCCAUUCUGCCACAGCAGCCUGUGCUGCUCCAGUGCUAUGCCUGGAGGCUCAACACGAAACGUCCCAUCCAAAUGUUCAGAUGAACUGAGCAUCUUACACACGUAAUACAGAGGAGCACACAUUGGGAUAGAAACAGUAGAAUAACCACAGGCAAUUAAACUUUAAAUUUUCUGAGCAACAUUUUGGUAUUUAGACAUUUCUUGUAAAAAGCUAAGACUGUUUGUAAGAAAAGAAUCCCUAAAAUCUAGAUUUAUACCAUUUUUUAAAGUCCCACCUUUCAAUGUUUAAUAAAAGAAAAAGAGAAAUCCUUAAUCUAAAAGCUAAAUUAUUUUUGAAUGGAAAUACUACUGAGACCAUUGACCCUGGAUAACAGUAACGAUCCCAUUGCCAGAUAAGAUUGGCUGACGGAGGAAAAAAAAAGAAUGGGUGUAAAUGUACCAACAUUGAAUUUUAUAGCAGUUAUCUUUCUAUGGCCAUUAGGUACCUAGCAGAUGAGCACAAUAUAAACAAAGAGAUAUCUGGCCUUCCUUACUACUAAAAGCAUUUAACACGUGCAUUUUUGGUACGUUUUUUGUUUCCUAAAAGCUAUAUAAAGGCCUUAUUUGACAUUUUCACUGAUAACUGAUCGCACCCUCGUAUUGCAGUGUUCGUCCCUAUUCAUUGAUGGUGUGUGCAAAUGCAACCCAGGACACAUUAUUGUUCCAUAAUAGGCUCACAGGGAAUCAAGCUUCUCGCCCACUCCAUGGCUCCGAGCCCCAUCCAAGGGCAAGACUUGGUGCCCAGCUGGAAGGACGAAAGCACACUUCGUGACCGCCAUCCUCACCAGCGGCACGCCCGGGCUGCACACUGCUGAAUGUGCUCUUCUCUCCUUCUCUGUACAAUGAUUCAGCAUCUCGGUGGAAGAGGAAAAUGGAGCUUUUUGAGGUUCACCAGGUCCCUUUUGUUUUCAUCGUGAAAAUUCCAAACCCAAAGCCUUUUUUUGACUGAAGGAGAAGAGAGGGAAGUAAGUUUCUGUUCAGCACCUGAACCUAGAAACAGAGCCAGCUUGCUACAAUGAAGGUGACAUUCCUCUGGUCAUUUAUUUGAGAGUUCGAAGUCAAAGUAGAGGGGCACAGGCUUUGGUUCAUGUCUAGGAGCCCUCUGUCAGAAUCCUUGAAGCCCUUUAAUGGUCUAACCGGCAUCUCUUGUAUCAAGAAGUACCUUUAAGGUAGACCUUUUCAGGGUGCCCUCAGGAAAGGGCCCUGCUCACUUUUUAUCCUGUCCCCUUAGACCAACCCCAGGUGUCCGCUGCAGGGGUUCUGCCUGUUCCCAAACCUUUUCCAUUCCAGGAACAAAGGAGAAGCCACUUUCCCCGGGACAAAGGACUCUCCCUUCCGCUGUCCGGGACAGCAUUCCCCUUUAGAGGGGAAGUCAUUACAGCCUCAUGGCCUCUACCAAGGUCCCAGUUCACACCAUCUCCUGGGCCUUAGGGCAACUCACCCUAGGGGAAUCCACCCCUGGGGGACUCAGUAUCUUCUCCGUGCAACCUGGAAAGUUCAGCUCUUCUUUCCUUCGGUCAAAGAAAGUCCAUUGUACAUAACAAAACAGCCCCGAACAGCCCAGUGCCGACACCGUUGUUCCUUUCACAUUCUCCUUUGUUGCAUGCAGUUGGGUUCAAAUACCAAAUAGUGAUUAGAAGACGACCAUUCUGAUCUGUGUGUGAUCUGGUCACUGUGUGACUGCCUUUACGGUUUCUCUCCAUGUGCUAUACGAGUGAAGAAUGCAUACCGGUGUUUCAAAAGGUAUUUUUACGUGUUUUUAAACACUUUUUAAAAUGAGCCUGACACCUGUGUUUCAGCAUUUGGAGACAUACCCAUGUUAUUCUUUUAAGUGUAUGAUUACGGAUACUUUUUCGUUUGUUUGUUUAACCAAGUUGUGUUUAAUUUAUGUGCAAUCUUUAUAAUAUAUGUAUGUUAUUACAGUUUCAACUAUCAUAUUUUCUUUGAUUACAUUUAUAAUUUGAUCUUGCUCUGAUUAUAAUGCCAGUGAAUGUUGCUGAAUUCUUUGUAUAUGCAAAUUGCAAGAUUUAAACCAUUCUGAUGCAAGGAUAAACCUUUACUUUGACUACCA